UCGACAAGGGAAAUGAAGACACGAAACAACUGUAGUUAAAGUUUGGUAAAAUCUCUUGUUUCUAUAUAUCUUCAAGGUUAUGCUGGAAUAGGUUAGGCGGUGGUAUAGUUUGGAUGAUGGUGGCCGUUGUGGUGGAUCUUUUACACUGAUGCUGUUUAGUUUGGCGUGCAAAAAAGCCGUUGUUCGUGGACAGUUUGUUAGUGAGAUUCUGUCCAUAACAUCAUCGCAUCUUUUGAAACUUUACACAGCAAAUAUGAGAUUUCGGUGUUGUAUUUCACUCUAAAAACUGCUUUCCUGAUAGGAGGAGUCUGCAUUGAGAUUUACUUGUGAGAAGAAAUUGGUUCAACGGAUAAUUUCUUUGAACUCGUCAAAAUUUUUUACAAGUUCGUUGUACCGCAAGUACCUUCUGUUCAUUCAAAACCUUUGAGGUUUUCAUUGAACAUUGACAUUGAACUCAUACUAUGUCUCGGCCUCAGAAUCCUCAUAGCAUGAGACAGAUAAACUUAGAAGAGAUUUGGGAUGACCUUAAAGAAGGUAUACAACACGUUUAUCAACAGCAGAGUAUGUCAAAAACAAGAUAUAUAGAACUCUACACUCAUGUAUAUAACUAUUGUACCAGUGUUCAUCAGCAGUCCCAAUCUAGGGUAUCUAAACAUAAGAAGGUACCAAAUCAAGGAGGUGCACAGUUUGUAGGUCAUGAACUAUACAAGACUUUGAGGCAAUUUCUCAAAUUAUAUUUAGAUAACUUACAAAAGGAUGGAGCUGACUUGAUGGAUGAAUCAGUUCUCAAGUUCUAUUCCAGCCAAUGGGAAGACUAUAGAUUUUCAAGCAAAGUACUUAAUGGUGUCUGUGCAUACUUAAAUCGACACUGGGUUAGACGAGAAUGUGACGAGGGAAGAAAAGGAAUUUAUGAAAUCUACUCGCUUGCCCUUGUAACAUGGAGAGAUUCUCUAUUUAAACCAUUAAACAAACAGGUCACAAAUGCUGUCCUUAGACUUAUUGAGAGAGAAAGAAAUGGAGAAACAAUCAACACAAGAUUAGUUAGUGGUGUGAUUCAGUGUUAUGUUGAACUUGGAUUGAAUGAGGAUGAUAACUCUACUAAAGGCCCAACCCUUAGUGUAUAUAAGAAUUCAUUUGAGUCUGUCUUUUUGGAAGACACAGAAAGAUUUUAUACUGCUGAAAGUAUGGAAUUUCUACGGGAAAACCCUAUGACAGAGUACAUGAAAAGGGCAGAGGCCAGACUUUUAGAAGAACAACGGAGAGUACAAUCAUACCUUCAUGAAAGCACCCAGGAUGAGUUGGCAAGAAAGUGUGAACAAGUCCUUAUUGAGAAGCACCUUGAUAUCUUUUAUUCAGAAUUCCAGAAUUUACUCAAYGAUGAUAAGAAUACUGAUCUGGGACGCAUGUAUAUGUUAGUAUCAAGAAUACCAGAUGGACUUAUCCAAUUGAGAAAUCUUCUUGAGAAUCACAUCUGUUAUCAAGGACAUAAUGCUCUGGAGAAAUGUUGUGAGCAGGCAUUUAAUGAUCCCAAGGUGUAUGUUGAAACUAUCCUUGAAGUACAUUGCAAGUAUAAUGCAUUGGUUCUUACUGCCUUCAAAAAUGAUGCUGGUUUUGUUGCUGCAUUAGACAAGGCUUUUGGUAAAUUCAUCAACAACAAUGCUGUAACAAAACAAGCACAGAAUUCAUCUAAAUCACCAGAACUACUAGCAAGAUACUGUGACUCUCUCUUGAAGAAGAGCUCAAAGAAUCCAGAAGAAGCUGAAUUAGAAGAUAUUCUAAAUUCAGUGAUGAUAGUAUUCAAGUAUAUUGAAGAUAAAGAUGUUUUCCAGAAGUUCUAUGCUAAUAUGCUUGCCAAACGAUUAGUGCAGCACAAUUCAGCAUCAGAUGACGCAGAAGCCAGUAUGAUCUCCAAGCUAAAGCAAGCUUGUGGCUUUGAGUACACAUCUAAACUACAAAGAAUGUUUCAAGACAUUGGUGUUAGCAAAGAUCUUAAUGAUAAAUUUAAGGCACACUUGUCUAAUACAGGGCCACUGGACUUGGAUUUCAGCAUUCAAGUUCUCAGCUCAGGAUCCUGGCCAUUUCAACAGUCAGUUCCAUUCUCUCUACCAGCUGAGAUGGAAAAGAGUUAUCAACGUUUUACAACUUUCUAUAGUAGUCAGCAUAGUGGUCGAAAAUUGUACUGGUUAUAUCACAAGUCAAAGGGUGAAUUGGUAACCAACUGCUUCAAAAACCGUUACACUUUACAGGCUUCUACGUUCCAGAUGGGAGUGUUAUUGAUGUUUAACACUGCUGAUAGUUACACAGUAGAACAGAUCCAGGAGCAAACGCAGCUCAAAAAAGAGAAUCUAAUGCCGAUCCUUGGAAUCUUGUUAAAGUCUAAGUUAUUGCUUUGUGACAGCGUUGAAGACGCUUCAGAGCUACAAAUGGAUUCUGUGUUGAAGUUAUUUUUCGCAUAUAAGAAUAAAAAACUACGAGUCAAUAUCAACGUUCCAAUGAAAAUCGAACAGAAAAAUGAACAGGACCAAACCCAUAAGUACAUCGAAGAAGACAGAAAACUYUUGAUUCAGGCUGCUAUCGUUCGCAUCAUGAAAAUGCGUAAAGCCCUCAGACAUCAACCUCUGCUGGCAGAGGUCUUAUCUCAACUCUCCAGCCGAUUUAAACCCAGGGUUCCGGUGAUAAAGAAAUGCAUCGACAUUUUGAUUGAGAAGGAGUAUCUUGAACGCGUGGAAGGAGAAAAAGACAUGUACGCUUAUUUAGCAUGACAGAGGUACACCAACCAACAACAGACAAAAAAAAGAUUAGUUCAUAAGACAUCAUGUCAUAUUCUAGACAUCUUAAUUGAUGUUGACUGCUUGGAGCUCGAAAUUCAUUUACGAAUUGUACAAUUGAGAGUGUUGUGACCACCACCUUUGUUGAAUCUAUUCCAGUUUUGGCUUCUAUAUAUGGCCUCUUUUUACUGUUAAAAUUUAAUCGUUUCUAAUGAAUGAUACUCCAAGGCAUUCAAUAAAAAAUUCAUUGAUUUUACUCUACGAUUUUACUAUUUGAAUUGGCACUAUUUCUCACACACUACUCUCCGUAAUAAGGAACUCUCAAGAGACUUUUUGCAAGCAGAAAAGUCACGUAUCGUUGCGUGUUUUAUUAUGUAAGUCGAAAAAAAAGAGCGUAACUAAGAAGGUGUAYAAUAUUCUGUUAGAUAAAAACUAUUGUAUUACUUUCUUGAA